AUGAAGUCCCGGAAAGUUGAAGAAGAUGCUCACUGCAAUAAACAAUUUGCUUUGACAUUAUCGCAAAUGAUGAUAUAUCAUUUAGUUGAUUGGUCCAAAUUUUGGGAACAAAACGUAGAAAAAAGUUUAUCCCAUAGACCAAAGUGGAAGAAUAGAAAUGGUCGAAUUAAAAGGAUGUCGAAUCCUUUUAUUUUAAUGAAAACAGAUUUGGCAAAUGAGAUCAAGAACAUCAAGUUUCAAAACUUGGUCUCAUUAUUUAGAUUUUUAAAGAGCUAUAUGUGGCCUGAAAUUCUGAUAGGCAAUGAUGAUCUCCGGUCGAUUGUAGAAAAUAGUUCAUUAAACUAUAUAAUGUUUGAGCAGAUAGAUGAUAGAAUAACAAGGAUCUUCCUCCCUGGUGGCCCAAACCAGGAUGAAUUCACAAUCACCUGGGACAACAUCGAUUCACUCCUAAAUAACAAACCACUUUUAGAGGGAAAAAUCGAUGGUGUUGAUAUUUCUAUGAUUAGCAGUCGUGCUUGGACAAUUGCUAAAAACCUACAACAUAAUGAAAAAUAUGAUCGUUUAUUUGAACGAUUUAGAGAUAAAUAUAAAACUACAUUUCCGAAUCAAAAAUAUCAUAAUAGACGGUCUGGUUGGAUUAAUAAGAGCCCGACAGACUACAUCAAUAAAGAUACUUCAUUGCCUGCGACUAAUCAUGUCCAAGCAAAUGUUCAAGGUCCUCCUUUUUCAAUUCCUGCUUGUGUUCCUUUUCCUAUAUGUCUACCAAUCACCAACGACAUAGUUAUCGAUGAAAGCAAUAUCCAUUUGUCGGAAAGAAUAUUGUUACAAGGCGAGCAGACGCAAGUAAAUAAUGUAUCGCUUGACGAAAACAACGAAAACCUUGCGAGCAUCACAUUUCAGGGAUAUGUUCCGGUUUGGCCGACCGAAUAUCCACCAACUUUCCAUGAAAUCACGAUUGCAGAGGACCAAUAUUUGAGUCCAUCACUCCCAAAUUUAGGGAUGGCUAUGGUUUUUAAAAACCGAUGA